AUCAGUCGCGGGCGAGCUGCGUUCGGGGUUUUAUCUAUAGCUCUUGUCCUCUCUAUCCUUUUCGCUCUCAUCGUCGCGCUCGCUCGUGCUUCUCUCUCUGCACGCACACGCGUGGUCGAAUCCCGCGUAUACCAGCAAGAGACAUCCCAAGCUAUCGCUUGCGCUCAAUGGAAAGAAAAAGGAGAAGAGAUAAACGACGAGAAAACUUAUAGAUAUCCUCUAAGCUAGAACUUGUCCGGUGUGCCGAAUUACUGUAUGAUAACGCGAUUCAUCAUAAUACCGAUUCGGAUCCUUCACGUGGCGUGAAACAUCGUGUUACAUCGCGACGAUUUCGCGAAAAUUCUUCAUUUCGCGCUGUGAUAACUCGUGACGCGCGUCGAUUACGAUCGAUCUCAUUGUGCGUUCGCGAAGGGAGUGAAAGUUUCGUCGGAAAAGUUCGCGGUUCGUGUUCCCGCCAGUACCACGAUCAUCCGCUUUUGAUUGUUCACCAAUGGUUCAUAUCCUGGAAGUGGUAUCGUCGCGUCGGAACGACCUGCAAAUGAUGAACCGUCCUAUUCAAGUGAAGCCAGCGGACAGUGAAAACCGCGGAGACAGAAAGCUGUUCGUUGGUAUGCUAAGCAAGCAACAAACUGAAGACGAUGUCCGACAGUUAUUCACUGCCUUCGGCACAAUAGAGGAGUGUACCAUUCUUCGUGGACCCGACGGAAGCAGCAGAGGCUGUGCAUUCGUAAAACUCUCGUCGCACCAAGAAGCACUGGCGGCGAUAAACUCUCUACACGGUAGCCAAACUAUGCCGGGUGCGUCAUCCAGCAUAGUGGUAAAAUUCGCAGACACUGAUAAAGAGAGACAACUAAGACGCAUGCAGCAAAUGGCCGGGAACAUGAGCCUCCUUAACCCCUUCGUCUUCAAUCAGUUCGGCGCUUACAGCGCUUACGCUCAGCAACAAGCGGCGCUCAUGGCAGCCGCGACCGCACAGGGAACGUACAUCAAUCCAAUGACUGCAUUGGCCGCUGGACAAUUGCCGCAUGCAUUGAAUGGCAUGCCAAACCCUGUAGUCCCGCCAACUUCUGGUUUGCUCGUAGGUACUGGCACAGGGCAACCGGUUAACGGGGCGAUACCGUCGUUACCGUCGCCGACGAUGCCGAAUUUUAACAUGGCCGCUCAAACGCCGAACGGCCAGCCGGCCGGCUCCGAUCCAGGUGUCUACACCAACGGAAUACCGCAGACUUAUGCGGGACAUGCCCUCCAUCUGUCCAUUCCAGCGCAGGGGCUGCCCAACGGGGAGGCGGCACUUCAGCAUGCCGCCGCGUAUCCUGGAAUGCAGGCUUAUGCUGGAGUGGCCGCUUACCCCGCCGUCUACGGCCAGUUUCCUCAGGCUAUUCCUCAGCCGAUGACCGCGGUGGCGCCCACGCAGAGGGAAGGAUGCUCUAUCUCAGGACCCGAGGGCUGCAACCUGUUCAUCUACCACCUGCCCCAGGAGUUCGGUGACGGCGAGCUCAUGCAGAUGUUCCUCCCCUUUGGCAACGUCAUCUCAUCCAAAGUCUUCAUCGACCGGGCGACCAACCAGAGUAAAUGCUUCGGUUUCGUGUCGUUCGAUAAUCCAGCGAGCGCGCAAACAGCAAUCCAGGCGAUGAACGGCUUCCAGAUAGGGAUGAAACGAUUAAAAGUCCAGUUAAAGAGGCCCAAGGACGCCAGCCGGCCAUACUAACCCACGUCCUAGCCUAGAAAAUCUGGACGGGUCGCGCCCUACGUUAUAACUUACAGAAUGUCGUACGAGAACGUGAACUCGAUGGAUGCUCGACGAUCAGGAGUGAUGAGUUUGAAUCACCGUUACAACGCUCUCCACCGUAACAACUUAGUAUACUAGCUAGUUAAUUCAUUAGAGGGUAAAAGAUUUAGAGGUCAGUAGGACAACGGCUUCAACGACGUUGAAGUUUGCGCGGCGGCGGCGAAGAAGAGGUUGAAGCGAUGAAGGAUGUUCUGCGCUGAACCCAGUCCGAGAGAGAGAGAGAGAGAGAGAGAGAGAGAGAGAGAGAGAGAGAGAGAGAGAGAGAGAGAGAGAGAGAGAGGUGAAGACGAGAAGAGGAGGACGAGGCACGCUGAGAUAACAUUUCCCGGAUGCUCGGAUAACCGGAACGCUUCGUCGUUAGACAACAUUGGCUUUCCCCUUUCUCCCUUUCACCAGUUUCCAUUUCGAAUCUGCAUGUUUCUUUUGGAUCCUCCGCGAGUUUAGCCUCUGUCUCCUACUGCCAGGUGAGAGAUUACGUUCGAGCUCGAGGGCGCGAUUGCGAAUAAGCGUGCAGCGGAACAUUUCGAGGAUCCGAUCAUCCUCUCGGAGAGACGUGCCGGAAACACCGGAGGUCCAGGCCGAACUUGUCGUCCCGAUAUGGUGACGCAUCGUAUUACACUUAACGCACGACGUCGUGUAUAGAGACGAUCAAAACCGACAAUAGCUAUCGCGAAAUAUCCCGUCGAAAAAACGCCUGUAGGACUCUCGUCGUGUUCGUUGCCAGUUCGACGAUGCGCGAUCGUACGCGUCGUGUGUGCAUUUGUCAGAAAGAAAAAUUAGAAUUGUACAUUCGGACUGAUCGAUUCUCAAUAAGGAUUCGAUCGUACCGGAUCCAUUCUGCGUACGUCAGCUAAACGGAACAGCUCAGCGAUCACCGGCACGAGAGCCUAACAAAUCUUUUGUACCGCACGAAGCGAACGAUGUAGCCAUCGCGAAGAUGAAGAUCCCGCGCGGCGUCAUCCUUGACGGCGGGACAGAUAAUAAUCCCCGCGCGAGACUGACGAAAGUAAAAUAAAACGCAGGCUCGUCCCGAAGGCGCGGACGAGAUCGAUAUCUCUCUCCCAAAAAGACACAUGUCAAUCAUAUGCUAUACAGGGUGCUCGUCUGACGAAACGCGUUUGAACACUUUGAAAAAAAAAGAAAAAGACAAAAAAAAAAUGAAAAAAAAAGCAGAGAAUCAAGCGGCGAACAUGGGCUCAGCGCCGGUCCGACAUCCCCGCCGAAUAUCGGUUCUCCUUAAUAUUUAAGAUUUAUUAACAUGUAUGGCGCGCUAUAGAUUUUAUAUACUGCAGGUAGAGAGAGAGAGAGAGAGAGAGAGAGAGAGAGAGAGAGAGAGAAAGAGAGAAUGAAGAGGAGUUCGUGCACGCCGUGCCGCGUCAUAUCGAGGAGGAGAUGAAGUCUCUCCUUCGAAAUCGCGCGCGUUCGCACGGCGUUCUCGUCCUUCCUGACUAAUAGCACUUAUUACUACUAUGAUUACGGUGAUUAUCAUUAUAAUUAUUGCUAAGUAAGUGACGCGCGAAUUUCCGGCCGAAAGUAUAAUCUAUUCCGUUAUGGUUCGUGCGCGCGAACAUCGAGGAGAGAAAUCGCGUGCGGGGGAGCGAUCGCGAUCGACCCGCCUGUCCCGCGAUCGAUUUCGCGAUUCGAUCCGAUCUACGGGAUCGAUGAUCGACGGGUUGAUCUUGCCCGAACGGUUAAGCAUCGCCCGAGAAAUGUCAGGCAGGCUGUGAUUGUCCAGACGAUGACGAUGUUGCCAACGACGGUCCUCUUUAAGUUUCGACGUUGUUCUGACAGCAUAUUAUAAUUGUACAAUGAUGCUAAUUCUUCUGUUAUCGCGCGGAAGUAGGAGAAAAUGGGGGAAGGGGAGGGAGGUGAAAUAGAUAUAAAAGAAAAGAGAAAAAACCAAAGAGAGCGAACAAUAUAAUAUAGUUACAUUGCGUAAAAUGCAAUAUCUGUCCUAAAAACGCUUAUCAUCUCUGCGAUACUAGAAGAGAAACAAACUAGAAGAAUAUUCUUUUACGUUCGACUCUAGAAGUGUAAAAAAUUGAGUUAUGAACGGAUCGCAACAAAUUAAUUUACUGUGCAAUGAUUUUCAUAAUUGGAUUUACGUUUUCACUCUCUCGAUAGUGAGAGCCUUGCGGCCGGGACUUGUAAUGGCGAUGCCAAGAAUGUCGAGCAUAUUUUUCGCGGAUGGAAAGGACCGCUGCCGAGGUUGGCAGGUUCGGUACGCCUAUCGAUCAAUCGUGCGUGUUCAUAUGGAAUUCCUGUGACUGAAAUAGACAAAACUUUUUUUUGAACAUUUCGCGUGCGAUGCCCGGUCGGAUACGCAGAGCGUCUCGGGCGAUUUGUGCGCGAAUGGAAGAGGAGUGGAGGGGGAAGGGGGUG